CUUGUUUUGUAAUUUUUAGCUUUGCUAACUCAGGAAUACUUCUGCAAUCCGCCAUCCCUGAUUAAUGCUCCCGGCAAGUGGCAUAAAUUUACAUCCGGUUUGAUGAUCGUGCUAAAUACUUUUGAGGCUCAGCCUUUAAGUGAUGAAGAGGGCAAUGCUCAUAACCUUGAGGAUGACGCUGCAACCUUUAACAUAAAAUAUCUUACUAGCAGUAAACUUAUGGGUCUCGAGCUGAAAGAUCCUAGUUUCAGGCGCCACGUUCUGGUUCAAAGUCUCAUUCUGUUUGACUAUUUGAAGGCACCGGGAAAAAGUGAGAAGGAAUUGCCCUCUGAAGCAAUGGUUGGUCUUGCCUUUGUUUAUUUCAUUUCAUGCUGUAUCAAUGUAAUGUAUUAGUGGUCCCUUGAUUCCCA